CAGCGCAGACUAAUCACCCGACGGUCGUGCACCUGCGUUUGAUGUCGCGGCUGUGGAGUUACCGAGGCACAUGGCUUCCCCACACGAAUGACAUGCGCUUCAGCCGGCGCGACGGCCGUAACGUCGCGCGUCCGAGUGUCAGAUAUCUGCUCGGUUCAAGGCUCCUGUGCAGUCUUCACUCAUACAACAAACUCUAAAUCUUUUCUUCAGGCCAUCUACAAUCAGGAUGCCUUUCAACACGGAGCUUACCAGGGCCCUCGGCAUUAGGGUGCCCGUGGUUCAGGGUGGUAUGCAAUGGGUAGGAUACGCUGAACUCGCUUCCGCUGUUAGCAACGCAGGAGGUUUGGGAAUAUUGACCGCCCUUACCCAACCCACACCCGAAGACCUUCGCAAAGAAAUCCGCCGAUGCCGAACGAUGACCAACAAGCCUUUCGGCGUCAACCUGACGCUCCUCCCCGCCAUGGUCCCCCCGGACUAUGCCGCAUACGCCCGCGUCAUCAUCGAGGAGAAGGUCAACAUUGUCGAGACAGCGGGGAACAGCCCGGGGCCAGUAAUUAAGCAGCUGAAGGAGGUUGGCACCAUCAUCCUGCACAAGUGUACCACUAUUAGGCAUGCACAGUCUGCGGUGAAGCUUGGUGUUGACUUCCUGUCCAUCGAUGGCUUCGAAUGCGCCGGACACGUUGGCGAGACGGACAUUACAAACUUCAUCCUGCUCAGCAGGGCUAGGCAAUCAUUAGGUGGUGUGCCUUUCAUCGCCUCUGGAGGUUUCGCCGACGGCCAAGGUCUGGCUGCAGCGCUUUCUCUCGGAGCCUGUGGUAUCAACAUGGGAACGCGCUUCAUGUGCACUAUCGAAGCGCCCAUCCAUCACAACAUAAAGCAGGCCAUCGUCGACGCGCAAGAGACAGAUACCGCACUCGUACUCCGCCGGUGGAAGAACACGUCGCGACUCUUCGCCAACAAGGUUGCGCUGCAGGCUGUUGAGGUCGAGAAGACAAGCCCAACUGGCAAGUUCGAGGAGGUCGCUGAGUUCGUCAGCGGAAAGCGCGGGCGUCAAGUCUUCUUGAACGGAGACCCAGACUUUGGUGUAUGGACUGCUGGCCAAGUCAUUGGACUCAUCCACGACAUCCCCACCAAUCAAGAGCUCCUCGACCGCAUCGAGCGCGAAGCCGUCGAGACCAUGAAGCAGUCGCAAUCACUGUUCGUCGAGGAGGGCGAGAAGCCUGUCGCUGAGGGCGCGUCCAUUAACAAGAAGUCGAAUAACCCUCAGGCUGAGGUCUGGGGUAUUGGCAAGAGCAAGCUAUAGAUAUGUAUAAACUUUAUAGCAUAACCUGUCCGGCGUAGGGAGCGUUCUGCAUGGAAUCGAAUUAUGAUAUUAUACGAUUAGCAAUGUUCAGGUAGUAGCGAAGUCGUGAAGAAAUGACAGCACUUCUAUUUGAGAGGUUUGCUUCGUCAAAGGCACUAGCGAACGCGCAUCUCUCGCGUUCAAUUCAAUAGCCCUUUCGCCACUGCAUAAACCCA